ACCCCACACUGCUUUCUGACUGACCGAGGUGCAGCAAAAUUUGCAGCAGACAUGGGGAUCCCAGAGAUUCCUGGGGAGCAGCUGGUGACAGAGAGGAGCAGGAAGCACCUGGAGAAGGAGAGGCAGGAGAAAGGGGCCCCGAAUGCCGCCUGCCCCCAGUGAGUCACGAGGUUCCCUAAGGUCCUAGGGGAGGGUUUGGAAAAUAAUCUGAUCAGCCACAUCUAACCAGUUUACGCCGAGGCCGAGGCCAGGGACAGCUAGCUGCUCCUUUUGCCCCUAACUCGGGCCUCAUUGUUGCUCCUCUGUGUGGGGACUCCAGCCCCUGCAGUGCUCCCCUGAUGUGCUGCAGCGAGGCCCGGCUGCUGGCUGAGCCGUCGAGUAUCUGGUGCUUCCCAAUGUGUCCCAUCUUGCUGAGAUUUGAGGGAUCCCUGGACCCUGCGUGUACCCUCCCCUCUCUGCUGUGCAGUAGUAGCUGGGUUCCCGCUCUUUAGCUUAUUUACUCAGCAUGAGGAUCCCGGAGUGACCAGGAGGAAUCGCUGUUGUCCUGGCUGGUUCAAGCCUCCCCCUCUGGAGCUAAGACUUGGGGCCAGUGGAGCACAAGCUCACAGGAACAGGAAGCAGAAAUUCUGCUAGGGCUAAUGGUGAGCGGUUCCACCCCCACUUCCUUUCCUCCUUGGACUCCUGGACUGGCCUUUGGGGGGGCGCAGUGCCACAGAGUGGAGAGCACCUUUCAAAUUUGAGCCGUGGUGCUCAUGGCACCAGGGAGGAAUCAGUCCAACUCCUAAAAAUUCACAUUAAUCAUGCGUUCUAAGGGGUGGGUCUCUAUGUUACAGAUUUCAGAGUCCCAAUUAUUUGGGAUAAGUAAGCGCCCUUAUUUAAAACCAGAGUUGAAUGUGGCCCGGAGCUGGUCAUGGCGUUCAGCCAGUGAUGCUGCAUAGCCCUUAGGGCGGCAGCAUUUACCCAGAGGUCUCUCUUAGCAGAGGAGUGAGGGGCUCACUCCCCGAGGGACCGGGCUUCCUAGGUCUGGGGUGCAGGAUGGAAGAGUUUCCCAGGUACCUCUGACCACCCCCGGUUCCAGGAUUGCAGCAGCCUGGCAGCUGUGACCAGUCUCCCCGAUGUGCAAUUUCUGUGGCCAGAGUCCUAGCAGUGGGGCUGCCAACUAUUUUAGAAGAGGUCGCUGCAGUGUUUUCCAGAUGUCCUGUACAGCAGGGUUGUAGCUCAGUGGGAGAGCACGUGCCCUGCACGUGUAAGACCCUAGGCUCAGCCCCAUCACCAAGAGCAGUGAGUGACACGGACACUUCUCUCCAGCCAGCAGCCCUGCUGGGCUCUGGCUCAGGUGUUUGCAGAAUUUCUGCGGUUUCCUUACUGUUGGUGUCUGGUUUCAGUGUGCUGUGAUCGGAGAGAAUCCAUGGGGUGGCUUCCGUCCCUUUGUGCUGUCCAGGGUAGAAUGUGGUAGUUUGGGAGAAAGUUCUGCGUGCUCCUGAGGAGAACAUGUGUUCUGCUGUGGUGCGCUAGAGCACUCUAGACAUCUGUAUAUCCCUCCAUUCGAGGCGGGAGUCAGGUCUGAUAUUUCUUGAUUCAUUUUUUCUUAGUUCACCGGUUUCCGAAAGUGGAUAUCAAGGUCCCCCACUAUGAUUGUGUUGAUGCAUUUGAUCUUUUAUGUCCAGCAGUGUUUAUUCUAUGAAGUUGGUGCCCCAAAACUCAGUGCAUGUAAAUUUGGCAUUGUUCUUGCUGCUGACUGAUUCCUGAACUAAUCUGUAGUGCGGCUGCCCUCUCCGGCCCGCAGGAGCACUGGGUGCCCCCGUGGGAGCGCCCGAGUGACCCCCGCCCGCUCUCGCUGUGGGGAAUGGGUGACUGGCCGCCCUUCUCCAGUCCCUCCACUCUCAGGUCCUGGCUCUGUGGUCUCCCACACCACUCUCCAGGUUUCUGCUCUUCUGAAGCCUGGGUGCAAAUAUCUGACUCCCCGUGCUGCUGAGGUGAGAGCCAUCUGAGUUUCUUCCUUCAGCCAGGCCGCCCAGUGAGCUCGCACGAUCCCGUGAUCUCCCCUUGGGUUGAGGGGAGAGGGACACCGAGAGGCACCGAGCCACACAAGCAGGCACAAGGUGGGGCUGCCCAGUGACCAGGCUGUCCGGACCCAGGAGCUGGCCGGCCUCUGACCUUCCUCCUGCCUCUCUUCUCGCUGACUUUGUCCAGUUCCGUGGGCCCCAGGACUGCGGGAUGGGGCCAGCUUGUCUCCCACCUGCUGGGCCUGCCCUCCCUUCCUGGGGCCUUGGCCAGAGCCGCACCCCACUGCUGCUGGCCUGCUGUGCGCCCCGGGGCUCCCCUCUCUCUCCUCCUGUUUUCUUUGCUCCAUGCUGUUGCCGCCUGAAGUUUUCUUGGCCCUGUUGCUGCCCCUGGGCCCCUCAUGCAGCUGUGCGGGAGAAGGGACUGGGUCCCUGUCGCUUCCUGCUGUGACCAGCGUCCAGGACGAUUCACUCGGGGCCGGGAGGGGAGUGGGUGUUGGUGCCCAGUGAUGCCACCUUUUAUCUGCAGACUCAUGAUAAAAUGUCAAUGGGAAAAUUCGCUUACUGCAUCUUCCCCACAACCCGAGAGACAGGCUCUCAGUGGGGCCAGUGAAUGGGCAGCUGGGAGCCCUGCCAGGACCUCGGCACCACAGGGCUGGGCCUGCCCUGCACCGCCAGCGUGUCGCGUCUCUCUCUUCCUGGGGAGCCUCAGAGGCUGGGCCCAGGUGUCCACAGGUUCUCCCGAGUGCCGGAGUUGGAGGUGGGCUCCUGUGUCACCAGCUGUUAACGGGGGCAGCAAGUCGGUUCCGCUCCGAGGCCCCGGCUCGAGGUGGUGCUGUGGCUGGGGUGCACACUCGGGUGGGGGGCAGGAGGACGUGGGGCCCCUCCUGCAGCAGGCUCGGUGUGUGUGGGGCCGGAAGUCGAGGCUCGGGAGUCUGCAGUGUUGGGGCCGCAAACAGCGCACACAGCGCACACUGGAGGGGCUGAGCCCCGUGGGCACUGUCGGGAGAGUUUCUUCUCAGCCUGGAGCUUUCCUGUUUCUUUGUGGCAGAAACUUGGGAACUGUGGGUGCUGUGGCUCUGGACUGCAGAGGAGACGUGGCUUACGCGACCUCUACAGGGGGCACCGUGAACAAGAUGUGUGGCCGAGUCGGGGACUCGCCCUGCGUAGGCUCCGGAGGCUACGCCGACAACAGCAUCGGAGCCGUGUCCACCACGGGACACGGAGAGAGCAUCCUGAAGGUGAACCUGGCCCGGCUUGCUCUGUUCCACCUGGAGCAAGGAAAGACGGUGGAAGAGGCUGCGGAGCUGGCGCUGGGCUACAUGAAGUCGAAGCUCAAAGCCCUGGGCGGCCUCAUCCUGGUCAGCAGGACAGGGCACUGGGUGGCAAAGUGGACCUCCGCCUCCAUGCCCUGGGCGGCUGUGAAGGGUGGCAAGGUGCACGCUGGCAUCGACCUCGGCGACAGCACCGUCAUGGACCUGUCCUGAGCCAGAGACGGUGCCUGCGGGGCCAGCGUAGCUUAACCAAUUAGAUGUGGAAAGGAAAACUCACGCAGUCUGUCCCUUGCUUUGUGCCUGAUCCAUGGGUAUCUGAAUGUCUGUGUGCGCUGAGGCUCCGAAGUAGUGAGAGAGACGCCCACCUUCAGAUGGUGGUGGAUGGAGAGGAUGACAAACCAGUGUGGCCCUCCCCACAGGUGUGAGCUGCCUCAACACUGCUGGGGCACAGAGCUGGGGCUGGCAGGGAGAGCCGGUGAGCAACUCAGAACUCAGUCACAGGUAUUCUCUAAGGAGGGCCCUGUUGUCUGCGACCACCAGGGUCUGAGGCUCCCGAUGCUGCGAGACCCUCCCACUGUAGCUCCCUGCUUGGAGCCAGGGCUCAGGUGGGGCUGGCAUCCUGGGCUCAGGAUUUCCUGUGUCACCCUCCGGCCCUCACACAGGGCAGCGGGGGCUCCGACCGCCCAGCUCCCCAACAGCAGGGAGGGCCCGAUGCAUGCAGAGGGGACACCAGCCUCGCUGGGCACAGCCUGCUCCGUGCCUUGGGACCCCACUGCUUGCCUGGCCUGAGUCUGGUGAGCGUAGAGAGCCAGCGGCACCUGGCUGGGGACCUCGCUCUGCUCUGUCCCGCUCCCCCCGUGCUGUGUCUGCUGUGAACGGCCCUGGCUGUCUCUGUCUCCGGGCUCCCUUCCUUGGAGAGGAGCUGCCUGACUUGCAUUCUGUGCCCGCUGAUGAAAGCUGUCUGGAAGAGGCCCGUGGCCAGGAGUCGCUGUGGCCUGGACCCGAGGCCUCCCCUGGGCAGGGGGGUGGUCAGGGCUUGGUGGGUGAGCAGGGCUUAAGCUCCUGUGACUGAGCUACUUUGCCUCCCAUUUCGGUCUCAAGGCACCCACUUACCUACAGGUAACUGAGUUCACCUUCAUGGCAGUAGUGCUCCUUUGUGCAUAAACACUGCAUUUCUGUGCGUACGUCUGUCGAUGCACACAUAGGCCCCUCCACGGCUGAGCCACUGUGAACUGUGCUGCUGUGAACAUAGCUGUGCAGGGAUCACUGCUCAAGUCUUUCUGGAAGACACAAGGAGGGGAAGAGCUGGGUCAAAUGGAAUUUCUAGUGAGAGAUGAAGAGCGGUAACCAGUAGUGAAAUGGAACAAGCAUUGCCAUCUACUGCAAUAAACGUGUCACUAAUGUUUCACCCAGG